CCGUCCUGCCAAGAAGUUUCUAACAUAAGGGCUUCAUUGUCCCUGUCAGAGCAGACACUUACUCCCAACUGCUGAACCAAAAACAUAGACUGUGAGGGAAAAAAGACAGCUUUAAGACGGCUAAACACGUUCCGGAGCUGUCGCCAGAGGCCAGCAUGUACCCGGAACAUCACUGCACUGCACAAUAAUUGUAUAUUCACCACGAGCACUACUGCACUCACUGAGGACUGGUGACCAUGUAUGUUUUGUGUGUGUGUGUCUUUUGUGAAUACCAUGCACUAUCAUUUGGGACUGCCCUAUGCAUUAUUUAUACAGAGCAGUACUCUUUGUUGUGUACUGCCAGUAUUUCAUUAUAGUUACUGUUGAUCAGUUUCGACAACUUGGAUUAUAAAUAAAAACCCAUCACUUCAUCAGAACUGUGUUUGUCACUGUUUGGAGCACUGCAUCACCUCUACACCUGCGCACUAUAACCCACUUUGCCAUAUGUGGUGUCAGAAAAUGGGACUAUGGACUGCACAACAUUGGUGGAGCUACUGGAGGCGCUGGAUAGCUGAUGGGGGGCAGAGGAGAGACGAAGAGAGGAGAGGUACACAGCACUCAUCGAAAGGGUGGGCCUGGCUAUGACACCACACACCCCAACAGCAUCCGGGAUGAUAGCCCCGAAGGCACGGGCAAUGAAGAUGACAACGGAGGAUGACCCAGAGGUAUACUUGGUUGCAUUCGAGAGGCUGGCCACCACUGCUUCAUGGCCAAAGGAGUUCUGGGCGAGCCAGCUGGGACCCUGCCUGAUUAGGGAGGCUCAGGCAGCAUACCAGGCCAUGACGGAUGUCAAAGCUGCUGAUUACGACCUGGUAAAGCUGGCAAUUCUCCAUCGCCUUAACAUCAUGUUGGAAACGGAGUACCAAAGAUCAACGGAUACACACCCCAGGGUGGUCGCGCAGAAGUUGUGUGACCACAUGGUACACUGGCUGACCUCCACCAGGAAGACCAACCUCCAAAUGGGUGAGGCAAUAGUUGUGGAGGAGUUUUGCCAUGUGGUCAGUGCCGACACACAAGCAUGGUUACGGCGCCACAAUCCCGACAUCCUGGAGGAAGCCGUGAAACUCGCCGAGGAUUAUGAGGAGUCCCUGAUCUCCGCCCAGAUCAGUCUACUCAUAGCUCCCGUCCACCGAGCCUCACCUCCUCUCUCUCUCCCAUCACCACCACCACCAGCACCUACACCAGCACUGGGAUCGAGACCUCCCAGACCGCCGACCCCGAUGGGCCACCUUGCCUCCCCUUCAUGAAGACCAAGGUUGGACCCCAGCUGGGUUAGAGGUGCUGCCUCUGCCCAGUUGCCAUACCAGCAAUGGGACAGAUAUUUAAUCCAUGUUCCCUCUGUCCCCCCUACUUAUUUCAGGUGCAACCAACCAGGGCACCUGGCCAGGUCAUGCCCCGCUGCAAUGGAGUGUGAUGUGGCAGCAUGCAAUUGGGCACCAGAAAUAGAAACCGCACUCUGCAGAUUCAGAAGCCAGUGAGAAAAUGUCAGAUAGGAAAAACAAGGAGAAGGAAAAAGUGAUGUCAGUUCGGGACAGGAUGGGCCUAUUUCAGACCAACAACACCACAGCACCUCUGAGACCAAACUCUGGAGUGUCCUGUGGAAAGGCUAAGGAAGCUCUAAAGAUAAAAUCUCCGCUACCUUCCCCUGCUGAACCUAUAACAAGAGAAUAUCUAAACCCUCAUCACUUUGAGACCUUCUUCAAAACCUUGAGUUCCAUGAAAGAUGAAGGUUUUCUCUUGGACAUCACCAUGUCUCUGGGAAGUGAUGCUUAUAAAGUUCACUCCUUGGUUUUGGCAGCUGUGAGCCCUUCAGUGUGCAAGUGGUUCAAAUCUGGAGGAUUAGAUCACACAUUUUCAGAGACAGUGGAACCUGCUGCCAUGUUCUUAGAUGAUAAGAUGACCCAGCUGGGAAUUAAAGCUGUAGUAGACUUUGCGUACACCGGGGAUGUUCAUAUAGAUGGUAGCAAUUCCAUAGUGGAGGUUCUGGAGGCUUGUAGCUGGCUAGAGGUAGACCGGUUAUCCCAAGCUUGCAGCUGGAUCCUAGACCCCCCUCAAGAAGAGAAGACCUACCAGCCCUCGUCCUCCAGGGAAAGGCAGGAAACAUUCCGAGCCAUCCAAGAUCUUUGGGAGAAAGGAAUAGGCUGUGAUGUCAGGGUACAGUCAGAUGGACACAGCUUUAAAGCCCAUCGUGUGGCCCUAGCUGCCGGAGGAGAAUUUUUCCGAGCCAUGUUCUCCAGCGGUAUGAAGGAGUCCCUGGAGACCACUGUCCACCUCCCCUGUCUUUCCUCCCCUGUCCUCUCUUCUCUCCUUCGAUUCAUCUACUCAGGGGCAGUCCUGCUGAGCUGGGGCAAUGUCUUUGAGAUCACCGAAGCGGCUCUGCUGUACCAAGUCGGAGGCCUCCUGCAACUCUGCUUGGACUUCCUUCAGAUAGAAAUUAAUGAAGAGUACUGCUUAGACUGCAUGGCUCUUGCUGAAGCCUACGAUCUGGUGGAACUCAAGGACUUUGUGGAGCUGUACAUUCUGAGCAACUUUGAGCAAGUUGCUUCAGUUCCUAAGUUUCAGGAUCUUACUGAAGUCCAGCUUGUCUACUUUCUGGACAAGGACUCUCUUUGUGUGACCAGUGAGGUGGAAGUGUUCAAGAUUGUCCUGCUUUGGGUUGAGGAAGACAUGACCUGUCGUUUGAAGUGGGUGGAGGACUUGAUGAAAAGAGUCAGGUUUCCGUUGAUGUCUCCCAAAGAACUAAAGGAGGUCCAAAGAGCAGAGAUCAUGAGGACAAACCAGGGGUGCAAAGAACUCUUAAAUAGGGCAAUUGCAAGUCUCAGGCCUAAACCAGGAACCAAACCAGUUUCCUGUAAGCCACGAACUCCAAACCAAGUGCUGGUCCUGAUUGGUGGAGAUCAUCUCAAUAAUGACUUCAGCAGGAGGCUGCCAAGUAAUAGGCUCUGGUUCGCUCACAAAUUCUUCAAUGGUGUGGGCCUCGUUAAACACAUAGAUUGGAGGCCGUUGAGCACGAUCCCAGAUAUCCCCAGGUUCCGACACGCUGUGGCGGUGCUCAACAACCAGCUCUAUAUAUUUGGUGGCAGCUGGUACUACGGAGAGCGUGACAUCUUAAAGUCUGUUGUAAGGUAUCAUCCUUCUCAUGACUCCUGGGAGCACCUUCCUGACAUGAAUGAGAGUCGGAACUAUUUUGCGGUGGUGUGUGUGGAUGGGGCGAUGUACGCCAUGGGAGGAAACGUGGACAACACACACAUCCUGGACUCUGUGGAGUGCUACACGCCAGGGGACAACACCUGGAGGUUUGUGCACCCUUUGCACAUGGCUUUGUAUUCCCACGCCACAGCCGUGUGGGAUGGAGAAAUCUACAUCUCUGGGGGCUAUGACAUCAACAACAUCAGCUUGAAGUCAGUCUCCCGUUAUCACCCCCUGCAAGGCUGCACCCCGCUGGCUCCUAUGUGCAACGACAGAGGUGGUCAUGUAAUGGAGGCUAUAGGCAGCUGUCUGUACGUGGCAGGGGGCUUGAAGCAGCUAUGUGUGGGCUACUCAGAUCAAUACCUGUGUGAGAGUUAUGACCCCUUGAAAGACGCCUGGACCCCAAUCACCAACCUUCCUGAAGCACACGUCACCCCGGCUUCAACUGUGCUGGACGGUCAGAUUUAUAUUCUCGGAGGCUUCUGUCACAAGACAUAUCAGGAUUGCCAGUCUAUCCACCGGUAUGAGCCCCAGACAGACCGCUGGACAAACAUGGGCUACAUGCCCCAGGCGUAUGCCGAUAUGGCUGCUUGUCUGCUGCUCGUUCCGACCCACUUGAGACAGUAGUGCAGUGGAAAAAGAUUUACCUAGAUUUCUUAUAUUUUUAUUAAGGUUGUGCAUGACUUACACUUUAAAAUUAGCUUCACUGCCAAACCACAAGAGGGCACUGGCAGACCGAAGAGACAUGACAAUAAAUUAGAAAACACAACAAUGGUUUUAAACAGUAAUUUGUAAUAUCAUUUUUAAAUGUUACUGGUACUGCCGUUUACAAAAGUCAGGAAAUGUUUUUUUUUUAAAAAUGAUGUUAUGGUUUUAUAAUUAAUUUUUUAACCUAAGAGUCACUGCUCCUCUUAUGUCUGUGUCAGUGUUCAAGCCUUACCUGGAUAAAGCUGAGUUAUGUUUGUGGAGGAAUUUUCUCGCUUUUCUAAGUUGAUGUUUAAUAUAUAAUAUUGAUUUAAUGAUUUAAUUUCCUGACAUUUGUGGCUUUGGGCUGUACCAGUAAGGUAAUUUAAUGUAAUUUAUUUUAAUUAUAUGUAUUAUGUGUAUAGAUUUCUGAACAGUCAAACAUUGAGGAGAGAGAGAGAGAGAGAGAGAGAGAGAGAGAGAGAGAGAGAGAGAGAGAGAGAGAAACCAUUAUGGGUGUAACGUCAGAUGAUUUGUACUUGAAGUAUCAUAAAUUAAGUUGCUGUGUUUAUUUUGUGGUUCAAGCAAUACUGGACAGGCUACACUGGUUACGCUAUUGUUGCCUAAAUAGAUUCUAUUUGCAUUUUUAAUCAACACCAAUGACUAUUUUUUGAGUAUGGAGCAUCACUUCCAAUUAAUCUGUGAAUAGAAAGAGAACUGAAGGUUGAAUUGUUCUGUUGGCUGUCAUUUCAAUUUAUUUCUUAUUGAACUGGCUAUGUAUCAUCAGAUUGGGGACUGUAAUACUCACAUUUGCCAUUGUGUGCCUGGAUUUAAGAUUAGUAAAGCAGAACCUCAAAACGAUGAGCACAUAGGCGAUGGAGCAGUUGUGGCUAAAGCUGGCCCUUCCACUCCUGAUUUUUGAUACAACUCUAUUCGAAAUUAUUUAAUUGAACCAGUUAAACCUCCACCAAGACCCUGAAGUAGUUCAUUAUCUCUUUUUACCUGUUAAACCUGGAGUGGAAUGGCCCUCCAGGACUGUGAUUGGACACCCCUGAGAUUGAGGAUUUUCAUGAGACUGAAUUGUCGGAAGUUUUUUUCAAUCAUUUAAUGUAUGUAUACUGUAUUAAUUGAAGCUCUACAUCUUUAACAUGCGAUAUAUUAAUAAGAAAACAAAAAGCCAGGAGAGCUGUGUUUAACAGAUCUAUGUGUUGGAACUUCACAUCUUUACAGCAGCACAAGAGCCUUGUUGACCGGUCACUUUGCAAGCGUGGUGUUUUUAACCUUGAGGUUCCAAUGUAUUAAAAAAAGGAACACAAAUGCAAUUAUUACAUCCAUAAAAUAAAAUAUAUAACUAUGAUAGUUGAUGACAGGCUUGCACAGUAUGUAUCUUUGAAAACAGUUUUUUUUUUAAGUUCACCCAUUUGAAAUCCCCACUCAUUUUGCUGAACCACAAUCAUGUAUGAGAUUGUGUUGUUUUGGUUGAAAUCGACCUUGUGAAAUCAUCGCAUUUUAAGCCUUCCCAAGUGUGCAAUGAAAAUAUAGUGCAAUAGUGUAUAAUAUUUUUUUGCCACUGAUCUCUUAAAACUUAUUUUCACCUGUAACAUCUUCUUUAUAGUCCGGACUAUGGACCAUGAUGUUCCACCCAAGUAGUAUUAAAACAUUUGAAUCACAAACAACAUGUAUAGCACGCUGCUUUCUAAGGAAAUAACAUUACAAUGAAACUGGACCUAAACUACAGAACGUCUGAGAAAGUUUCCUGUCUGGCUCGUGCUAGAAGGAAAGAGAUGCCUGUGAGUCAGUUUAUCUAAGCGUCAAUAAGAACCAUUGCCAGCUUUGACUAGCUUCUAUUUCAGCCGUAAAAUACAGCAGCUUGAGAGGCUGUUGUCUGCCUUCAUGGUGAAGCAUCCAAGGAAAGAAGGAACACACAAGCGAUGUGUGAAACCCCCAUUUGGGUUUUGAAGAUAAAGGAACACACGGGAAGUGUGUGGAAACCCCAGCUUGUUUUGAAGAUAAAGGAGCCCCAACUUGGGUUUGAAGAUUUGUUGCAAAGAAGUAAAACCUGCACUACAACAGAAGAUUUAUUCUGCAGACUUUUUGGUCUUCGUCAAGGAACCGUUGAGUAUGAAUUCAUUACCUUUCCCUUGUGGAACUAGAGUAAUUAAUUGUAAUUGCAACACAUAAAAGUUGAUAAAAUAGUUAUCUUAAUUUGCGAUUUUACGCGCGUAUGAAAAGCCACAGAGAUGGAACCUUGUUAAAAAGUAACUAUAAGCUGCUUAACUCAUAUUUUCAUAUGAAGUGCUUGUUUGAAAGUAUACUUGUGUAAUUGUUAUUAAACAAUUGUAGUCCAGCAUUAGCUGUGAUAUACUAUUAGAGGAAUUGUAAUUGAACAAGGUGUGUUUGCAUCUAAGUGAUAGAUGCAUUGUGUUCAACUAAGGUUAUUAUUAUUAUUAUGUGUUUAUUUAGCAGAUGCCUUUAUCCAAGGCGACUUACAGGAGACUAGGGUGUGUGAACUAUGCAUCAGCUGCAGAGUUACUUACAACUACGUCUCACCCGAAAGACAGAGCACAAGGAGGUUAAGUGACUUGCUUAGGGUCACACAAUGAGUCAGUGGCUGAGGUGGGAUUUGAACCGGGGACCUCCUGGUUACAAGCCCUUUUCUUUAACCACUGGACCACACAGCCUCCUGUGAGUGGUAGACACAGUGACACUGUCUGUGUAGUUGAGCUGAGGGAACUGUCAGCAGAGUGACGUCAUCACCUGCUAGCAGAUCCAUGCAGCCUGGACUGGAUUGAGACUGAGGAGUUGAUGUGCUGUGUUAGAAUGAGAUGUUGAACCUAUACUGGAUGUUAGGAAAGCAAUACGAUUCCACUUGUACUAUAUGCAUUAUUGGGAAACUAUCUAUAUAAGCAUAUAUAUAUAUAUAUAUAUAUAUAUAUAUAUAUAUAUAUAUAUAUAUAUAUAUACAGUAUAUACAGACGUGCUCAAAUUUGUUGGUACCCCUCCACAAAAAAUGAAGAAUGCACAAUUUUCUCUGAAAUAACUUGAAACUGACAAAAGUAAUUGGCAUCCACCAUUGUUUAUUCCAUAUUUAAUAAAAAUCAGACAUUGCUUUUGAUUUUUUAUUCAACAAAAUAUUGUAAAUAAUAAAACAAAUGAAAAUGGCAUGGACAAAAAUGAUGGGACCGCUAACCUGAUAUUUUGUUGCACAACCUUUAGAGGCAAUCACUGCAAUCAAACGUUUUCUGUAGCUCUCAAUGAGACUUCUGCACCUGUUAACAGGUAGUUUGGCCCACUCUUCCUGAGCAAACUGCUCCAGCUGUCUCAGGUUUGAUGGGUGCCUUCUCCAGACUGCAAGUUUCAGCUCUUUCCAUAGAUGUUCGAUAGGAUUCAGAUCAGGACUCAUAGAAGGCCACUUCAGAAUAGUCCAAUGUUUUGUUCUUAUCCAUUCUUGGGUGCUUUUAGCUGUGUGUUUUGGGUCAUUAUCCUGUUGGAAGACCCAUGACCUGCGACUGAGACAGAGCUUUCUGACACUGGGCAGUACGUUUCACUCCAGAAUGCCUUGAUAGUCUUGAGAUUUCAUUGUGCCCUGCACAGAUUCAAGGCACCCUGUGCCAGGCGCAGCAAAGCAGCCCCAAAACAUAACCGAGCCUCCUCCAUGUUUCACUGUAGGUAUGGUGUUCUUUUCUUUGAAAGCUUCAUUUUUUCAUCUGUGAACAUAGAGCUGAUGUGACUUGCCAAAAAGCUCCAGUUUUGACUCAUCUGUCCAAAGGACAUUCUCCCAGAAGGAUUGUGGCUUGUCAAUAUGCAUUUUAGCAAAUUCCAGUCUGGCUUUUUUAUGUUUUUCUGUCAAAAGUGGAGUCCUCCUGGGUCUUCUUCCAUGGAGCCCACUUUCGCUCAAAAAGUGACGGAUGGUGCGAUCAGAAACUGACGUACCUUCACCUUGGAGUUCAGCUUGUAUCUCUUUGGCAAUUAUCCUUGGUUCUUUUUCUACCAUUCGCACUAUCCUUCUGUUCAAUCUGGGGUCGAUUUUCCUCUUGCGGCCGCACCCAGGGAGGUUGGCCACAGUUCCAUGGACCUUAAACUUCUUAAUAACAUUUGCAACUGUUGUCACAGGAACAUCAAGCUGCUUGGAGAUGGUCUUGUAGCCUUUACCUUUACCAUGCUUGUCUAUUAUUUUCUUUCUGAUCUCCUCAGACAACUCUCUCCUUUGCUUUCUCUGGUCCAUGUUCAGUGUGGUGCACACAAUGAUACCAAAAAGCACAGUGACUACUUUUCUCCAUUUAAAUAGGCUGAAUGACUGAUUACAAGAUUGGAGACAUGUGUGAUACUAAUUAAAGAAACUAAUUAGUUUGAAAUAUCACUAUAAUCCAAUUAUUUAUUAUAUUUUCUAAGGGGUACCAACAAAUGUGUCCAGGCCAUUUUAGAAUAUCUUUGUAGAAUAAGCAAUAAUUCAUCUCUUUUCACAGCUUCUUUGCUUUAUUCUAUGACAUACCAAAGGCAUGCAAGUAUACAUGAUAAAAUAGCUUUUAAUUUCAUCACUUUUCAGGAGGAAUGAAGCAUUAUUUCAAUGAGCUGUAAGGGUACCAACAAAUUUGAGCACAUCUGUAUAUUCAAUGGAUGAGUGUUUACUCAUGCUGUAUUGAUGUGUAUGUUGAAUUGCUACCUCACAAAGAUUUUCUAAGUUUUUCCUUUCUGUACCAUUAGUAUUAUCAUCUAAUAAACUGCUUCAAUAUUUUAACCUA